UGGUGGACUACAGAAUCUCUUCCUCCACAAUUGACCAAGACAGAAACAUACUUCGAAGUUGAUUCUACAGAUGUCCAUAAGAGAGGUGGAAAGCUUAUCAAGUAUCUGAUUUAUUACGUUUUGGAUGCUCACCUUACUUGUAUCACUAUAGAAUUGGCUUACGAUACUAGUGAACCCGAAAGGUUACUGUUUUUCCAUGAGACCAAGGAAAAAAGUAAAAGUGACAGGAGAAAACUUGUGGAAGAAUACACCAAGUAUGGUCCUCUUGCUUAUAAUACCGCGGUCAAGAGCCUGAACAAAUCUUACAACGGAGAUUACGUGAAUUUCAUUUUUUCAAAUCUUCCCAAAAAUGUUUUGCAUCCUAUUGCAAACAAGACUUUUGGUGCUGUUGUUUACCGUAACAAUAAUGGUGAGACAAAAUCAUUUGAUGAUAUCCGUCCAGGUGACAUCCUAGUUUUGGUGAACGCUGUUUUUGAAGGUCAUGGCAUUAAAGAAGUCGGAUUCGGUAAACCGCAUGUGGCUUUGAUUACGAGUUUUGAUGUGGAGAAGAACAGAAUUAAAGUUAUUGAGCAGACAGAUGGCGUUAUCCAGCAAGGUAGAUAUAAACUUAAAAAUAUGAAGUCUGGCAAGUUGAGAGCCUUCAGAAUCGUCGGACGUGAUUAUGUCAAUUGG